UUACUCCAUACAUAUAUUUCCCAAGUGACCUCAUACAACAGUAUUGGACCUUUAUUCUGACGUCACACUGGUAUAAGGUCUAUUGGAGAGGUGUGGAAAGCAGAACCACCUUGAUUCUCCUCUUGUCUGGCACCUUGAUAUCGUCUAUCCUUUCAUAAUGGCUGAUGAUAAAAAAGAGAAAAAGAAGAAAAGUAAGAAGAAGGAUGAGCCAGCCCCAGAACCAGAACCUGCCCCUGCAGAAGAACCAAAACCGACCGCAGCUCCCGCUGCCAAAGGAUCUACAAAAAAAAGAGCCCAGAGGACUGGUUCUAAUGUUUUCGCCAUGUUUACACAGCACCAGGUGCAAGAGUUCAAAGAGGCUUUUCAGCUAAUUGACCAAGAUAAAGAUGGUUUCAUUUCAAAGAAUGACCUAAGAGCCACAUUCGAAUCAUUAGGGAAAUCAGUCCAGGACGAUGAGUUAGAAUCGAUGGUAGCUGAAGCUCCGGGGCCAAUCAAUUUUACUAUGUUCUUGACUAUCUUCGGAGACAGAAUCACCGGAACUGACGACGAAGACGUGAUAAUAAAUGCCUUCAACCAAUAUGAUGAAGGGGAAGGGAAAGUGAAGGAAGAAACACUUAGGCAUGCAUUGAUGACGUGGGGUGAGAAGUUUAGCAACGAAGAGGCUAAUGACGCCUUAAAUGAAGCUCCAGUUGACCAUGAAGGCAUGAUUGACCUGAAAAAAUUUGCCCAAGUUCUUACUAGAGGCGUGGAGGAGGAAGAAGAGGCUGGAGCUUAAUUUUGGGGUUAAGCAGAUAAGGUUCGGAGAAGACGAAGCUACGCUUCAGUAGACUAUUUCAUAGCUAACUGUGAUUCUAUACAUCAGGCUAAAGCCAUAUCUGAGGAACAUUCUAAAGCCAGAUGUACUAUUGCUGACGUGUGUUGUAUCUAGCUUCAUUGACUUUUAGUUGCUGGUCUUACAAUAGUCCGUUUCUUUGGACAUAUAUGUAGUUUUAAUAAAGGAAACUAUAGCAUUUUAAAAUGA